GGAUCGGUUAGGGUUUGGCUAUAAAUCGGAAGCGGCCGCGAGGGGUGCGGGGCGUUAGUUUCGUCGUUAGGGUUUCUCGCGGAAGCGAAUAGGCCUCCGGUGUCUCGGCACGAUGACUAAGCGCACCAAGAAGGCUGGAAUUGUUGGAAAAUAUGGUACCAGAUAUGGUGCUAGUUUGCGCAAACAAAUUAAGAAAAUGGAAGUUUCACAACAUGCAAAGUAUUUCUGCGAGUUCUGUGGAAAGUAUGCUGUGAAAAGAAAAGCAGUGGGGAUCUGGGGAUGCAAGGAUUGUGGGAAGGUCAAGGCUGGUGGGGCCUAUACCUUGAACACCGCUAGUGCUGUCACUGUGAGGAGCACCAUUCGUCGGUUGAGGGAACAAACAGAAGCGUGAUACACAAAAAAAACAGGUGUAGAAAUGCGUGCUUGACAAAGUUAAAUAGUUUGUGGCUUAGCCAUAUUCUUGAGGAGGGUUGGUUGAUGCUUUGGACAGUAUAUGUAUGUAGUCGAAUUUGUCUUAUCAUCGAGGCAUUCGAAUUGCGAGGUUGCUUUGCUGCUUCAUUUGUAGUAAGGGCAGGGCUUGUUUCUUUCUUGUGGCUCUUUUCCUCUCUUCUGCUUAAGAGAACAAUUGUGUGUUACUACUUUUGCAUCGUUGUAUUUGCAUCUCCAAACUUUGGUACUUUAUGGGGGUUAAAAAGUGAUGUUGAGGCGUUUGAAUUGCGA